CACACAUUCCCAUCAACAAGAUUUACUCAUUGAAAUUCCUUCACAAAUUCAAGAAUUCACUAACCCACAAACCGAAAAUGUCAUCAGCACAAUCAGAAAAACAAACCCUUUUCAUUGCUUCACUUAUCAUCAUCUGGUACUCAUCCAACAUUGGUGUCCUUCUCCUAAACAAAUUAUUACUCUCAAACUAUGGUUUUUCUUUCCCUAUUUUCCUCACAAUGUGUCAUAUGUCAGCUUGUGCUGUUCUUAGCUAUGUUUCCAUUGUUUUCUUAAAGAUUGUACCUAUUCAGAGGAUCAAAUCAAGGUCUCAAUUCUUAAGAAUUGCUACUCUUAGCAUUGUCUUUUGUGGGUCUGUUGUUGGUGGGAACAUUUCUUUAAGGUAUCUUCCUGUAUCAUUCAAUCAAGCUGUCGGUGCAACGACACCGUUUUUCACAGCUUUGUUUGCUUAUCUGAUCACUCAGAAGAGGGAAGCUUGGAUUACUUAUGGUUGUCUUGUUCCUGUGGUUGCUGGUGUUGUGAUUGCUAGUGGGGGUGAGCCAAGCUUCCACCUUUAUGGAUUUAUCAUGUGUAUAGGUGCAACUGCUGCUAGAGCCUUUAAGUCUGUUCUUCAAGGCGUCCUUCUUUCCAAUGAAGGGGAAAAGUUGAACUCCAUGAAUCUACUGCUUUACAUGUCGCCAAUUGCUGUUCUAGUUUUACUGCCUGCAACACUCGUAAUGGAACCCAACGUGAUAGAUGCCACUAUUACGCUUGCUAUAACACAUCGAUACCUGGUCCUACUUAUUUUGAUCAAUUCUAUAAUGGCAUAUGGGGCCAACUUGUUAAACUUUUUGGUAACCAAGCAUACUAGUGCAUUGACACUCCAGGUCUUAGGGAAUGCCAAGGGUGCUGUGGCUGUUGUUAUCUCAAUACUUCUUUUCCGUAAUCCUGUUACUUUUAUUGGCAUCGCGGGUUAUGCAAUGACUGUCAUGGGGGUUGUUGCUUAUGGGGAAUCCAAGAGAAGAAUCAAAUGAGCUCAGACACAGCUUUCUUUUCUGAAGUCGUGAGUCCCCAGUUCUGUUUCUUGAACAUUAGAUGCACGGUAGAGUUAGUGAUACAUAGAUCAUCAUUGCAAUGUAGUGGCCAAUUGAUCAAGAGACGAAAUGGAAAAAGGGUCAGGGGGCUGGAAAAUCAUUUCCAUUCGUCCCUUUUGUUCAAGACGGAUAGGAUGUAUGCAGUUGUAUUGGUUUCUCUGUUGUUGCACUAACGUUAUAGGGGACGAGGGAUGGAAACUGUUAAAUUCUUCUGUUAUAUUCUUUUUGCCAAUGUGAUAGGAUGUAUGUAGCUGUAUCAGAUGAUAUGUUGUUACACUAGAUCAAUAUAAUUUCUUGAUGCUUUUCUGUUA